AGUCUUUGAAAAUUUGGCGUCCUUAUCGAACGUUUUUGGUCUUGAGGUAUGUUAUUGCCUAACGUUGUCAUUUGUUGUCUGUUGACAACUCCAAGAAUUAACACCAUUUAAUUGUAGGACUGUCUUAUGGAGACAUAUUCUCAACUAAAUCGUGCCCAGCUCAGUUAUGACUAUCUUCAUACCAACUCAACGACACAUGAAUUCCUUUUCGGUGCUAUUGCGGAACUUAUUGAUAAUGCACGUGAUGCUGGAGCAACAGAGUUAGACAUAUUCACAAUUAAAGACAGCUCUGUGCGUGGUAACUUUCUUCUCUGCUUUGCAGACAACGGCUGUGGUAUGACACCAGAUGAUGUGAAAAAUGUCAUAAUUUUCGGGAAGUCUUUAAAGAAGUGUGAGGAUACUGCCGCUAUUGGUAUGUAUGGAAACGGCUUGAAAUCUGGUUCUAUGCGCAUUGGAAACGACUUGGUUUUGUUUACUAAAAAGGAUGGUAUUUACACCUGUCUAUUCUUAUCAAGGACUUUUCAUGAAGAAGAAAAACUUGAUGAGGUAGUUGUCCCGAUGCCCUCUUUUAGAGGUCCUGAGAAGACCCCUAUCGCAGAGACUCCCGAGGAUAAGAAAAAACAUGACCUCGAAAUGCAUUUAAUCCUGAAGUACUCACCAUUCCGCUGCCUAAAGGAUUUCUAUGCACAGUUCGAUAAACUUAAAGAAAGUUCAGGAACCGUUGUGAUUAUAUAUAACAUGAAACUUCUUGAUCAUGGAGGACCUGAAUUAGAUGUCACUACAAACCCACGUGACAUUCUACUUAGUCCGGGACCAGAACAAGAAGAAACCGUUGAACCUGAUGCUGAGGUUAUGCUCCCACCAGAAAGACGUAGUCUUCGAGCUUAUGUGUCAAUUUUAUAUUCCGAUCCACGUAUGAAAGUAUAUUUACAAGGACGGAAAGUCCAAACUAAACGACUACUAGCAACAUUGCAUAGUACGAGAAAGUAUAAUUUUGCAAGCAAAACCUUUCGUACUAGAGCUGAAGCAGAUUUAGCAAAAGCUAAAAAUGAUGUGAGAAUAGCUGAACUUAGAGCUCAGGAGGCGGAAAGCAAAGCGAGGGAUUGUGAACUUCGUUACCAAGGUUCUGAGGAUCCCGAACAUUUGCGUCAAAUACGUCGUCUUCGAAACACCGCUGCCGACCUACGUGGGGCUGUAGCGAUGCGACAGAAUGUUGUCACGCGCAAACUAAAAUCAAUCAAGGAUCCGAAAACACUGACAUUCUAUUUUGGUGUAAAUGUUAUGAACCGCGCUUGUGAUGGUAUGUUUGUUUAUAAUUGUUCCCGUCUAAUCAAAAUGUACCAACGUAUUGGACCACAACAAGAUUCAAGUAUGAUGUGCCGUGGUGUAGUUGGGAUUGUCGAUGUACCCUAUAUGGUUCUUGAACCUACACAUAACAAGCAAGAUUUUGCUGAUGCUAAAGAAUAUCGUCAACUUAUGCGUGCAAUGGCGGAUCAUUUAAUGCAAUAUUGGGAUGACCUUGGGAUUGACAAAGAACAAGACAGUUUAAUACGAUUCUGGAAAAGUUUUGGCUAUCUAUCAGCACGCUGGAGAGACCCACCUAGUGUAGAGGAAAAAUAUGCUCGUCGUCGCUGUUGUUCUGUCUCCAUUUGUGUUCAGUGUGAUAAAUGCUUAAAAUGGAGAAUACUUCCAUUCUCACAGAGCCUUGUCGGACGCGAUGUUCCAGAUAAUUGGCAAUGUCGUGAUAAUCCAGAUCAUAAACAUAAAAGAUGUGAGGAUCCUGAAGAAGAUAUGAGUCCACCAAUGGGUGUCUUAAAGAGGAAAAUUAAAACUAAGGAACAAAGACAGGCAGAACUCGAAAAACAAAUCCGUAAAAAACAGGAAGAACUUGAACUUAUUCAAGAUCCUGAUGAUGAAAAAGCUGACGAUUCCAGUGCUACUACUCGUAGUGGUCGCUUAAGUGGCUCUGGGGGUUCAGCUCUCUCAAAAUCUCCUCGUAAACGCCCACAUCCGCCUCCAGCUAUCUCGGAUCUCCCCAACAAACGGUCUACUCAAUCCUCUUCCAUUUCUCGAGCAAUGACUGUUGCAGAUAAAAAACGUCAAGCUGGAUUGUCGUCAUCAAAUGGCCCUGUAUCGUUAUCAUCCCAAAAACGUACUGGUUUACCACUACCUACAAGUAACCAAAGACAACCACGCCCCAGUGGUCUAGUCCCUAAAGCUCAACAACGGAAUUCAACUACCCCUAAAGGUCGUAAAGUCACAACAGCAGAAAGUGAAAGCAGUGAAGAAGAGGAGACAAGUGAUGAUGAAGAAGAAGAAAUCUCUAAAUCUGUUCCUCGUAACAAACAAACUACAUCCUCCCUUCCAAAAGUAAAUAAUUCCAUUUCUGUAACUAAAAUCAAUACUUCACAAACCCCUGAAAAAAGUCUUCAGAAGACAACUGAUGAAUUAAAUGGCAAACGAUCAACUAAUAAAGAUAAAAGUCCCGCACACGAUUCUGUCACAAUGCACCAUCGUAAUCGAACAUCAAUAGAUCCAAACAACGGUGAUGCUACAUCUAUAGUAAAUAAGGAUCAAAAUAAAAACAAUGAUUCUAUAGGAAAUAAAUCGAAAGAAUUGAAUUCAACAGUUAACUCUUUAUCAUCCGAAGCUAAUACUGCAAUUAAUAAGAAGAUUCAGGAGAAAUUCAAGGUUUGUCUACGGUAUUUCCUACCCCCUGAAUGGCCAAUGGAAAAAGACCAAAUUCAUACCCUUACAGAUUCUGAUCUUGCUAGUUUUCCUUUAGAAGACUUCUUCGAUCGCUAUGAACAAGGUCUCCGAUCUCUCUUGGCCACUUUCCAACAAGAAACCAAAAUAUGCUCUGAUCGAUUAACUGAGUUACGAUUCAACGUUUGUGAACUAUUGAAAAAAUAUGAUCCUAGCUUCACUGAACCACUGAGCGACGGUGAAGAAGUUGACAAUUAUAUCAGAAAUUUCCUUAAUAAAAAUUAAUCUAAUUGUAAUAAAGGCAGCCAAACGUGUUUUUAGAAUUAUUGUUGUCAACAAGAUCAUUGUAUACCACUUUUUAUCUCUGAUGCAUUCAGUUUCUCCGAAUAAAUUCUCCUUUCCCUCUAAUUCCUCUAAUUUUGUAAUUUUCACAUGCUUUAUUCAUUCCUCUAUUAUUGGAGUGUAUAUGCAGCUAUUGUUAAAUACUGUUUAUUUAUAAACAUAACUACUUUGAACGAACACCUUAUCAUAUUAUUCUGAUCUUGUUGAAUCUCUCAAACGAUCCCUAAACUUCUUUGUGCAGAUUUUAUUGUCCUUCAGAACUACUACUAAUUUCACGCUUUAUUAUUUCAGAGGGGACUACAUACAUUUGUCUAUCUAGUACAUAAACAUUCUCUGUAUAUGUCUAUAGAACUUGUUAAUAAUCGUAAUCACUAUAAAGCAUUCUUUUUCACUCCACUGUCUUUGUAAUUAUUUCUCUCAUCCCAUCCAUUCAUUUCUUGUUGUCAAUCAUUUAGUCAAUGUAUCUUGAUUACAUGUUACUGAAUGGUUUCAUGAAAAAACGUCAAUCAUGUCAUGCAUUCAUCUCACGUUUAUAUUCCUUUAUUCAUAAAGACUUGUCCAAGACCACCAGUAACUACUAUAAUUACUACCACUGCUACUGGGAGAUACUCGUAAAUAAUCGAAUAAUUUGCCAUUAGCUUUAUCGCUGUACAGUCAUCACCAUUUUGUGUUACCCAUUUCCCCUGUCCUUUUCAUGUGUAAUCGUUUUCAAACUAAAGAGUAAGAGUUAUCCGAUAGUCUUUUUCCUUAUACACAUGUUUGACAUGCAUAAAAAUUUCGUAUGUUAAUACCUCAUAAUGAUACAAAUGUUUCCCGUGUUUUUUAUAAAAUUAAAUUAGUCAAGUAUGCUC